AUGAUUGAAAUGCAAAGGCGAAUCUAUUCAAACUGGAUUGAACAGCAGAAGAAAUUUUUUGGAGCCAAUGACGAGGAGCAGAAACGAGCCCAAAUUCAACUCAUCCAACAACAGAUACAGCGAGAUUACGCCAAACUGGCGCAAUCACUGAAACAGGAGCUUAUCAAUGGACUAAACAAUAGCGUCGAUAAGAUUAUUGCCGAAUUUAUAGCAGCGGAAGCGGCGGCCAGUGCACAGCGUACGUCAGCAGCAUUGGCGGAGCAGCAGCGUGAACAGGCAGCGGCUGCAGCGGUCACCCGUAAUCCGUUCCUCUUCCAUCCGUUGUACCAUUCAUUUAACGGUCAGUCCACGCCGUUUCCGAAUCCAUUCAUGCAGAACACGCUACCACCACCCCCUCCAGCACCACCUCAUCAUCAUUCCGGUAUAUUUCCAUCCGCUUCUGCACCACACAGCACUUUUAAUCCAUUUGUUCCACACCUUAAAGCUGCAUCACCGGCCACACCAACAAUGCGCAAAACGGAUGAUUUAAGUCCGUUUGUGCCGCGGAAGAAGCGAUCAAAGGUAACUGAUUGCACCAGGGUCAGCAAAGUGCAAACAGCAUCCGCCAGCAAUCGCGAAACAUCAUCAUUACCUGAUAGUGCCCGAUCAUCGCCUCAGGUUAUUCUUCUCCCCUCCAAUAUGAGCCUUUUUAGCUGGAAAUUCGAAUUUUCAAAUUUUUGA